AUGGCUGAGCAAGCUAGAGGCAUCACGGAUGUACGAAAGACUUUUCUUGGAUGUGGACGGAGCGGCCGGGAGAUGAUGGCCACCGUCGACAACCUGAAGCGCCUCUGCAUCGAUCACUACUUCGAGGAAGAGAUCCACAGUGCCAUGACCACCACAUCCACAUGCAUGGAUCUCCUCCACAGCCAUGACCUCCUCGAUGCAACCCUCUCCUUCAGGCUCAUGAGAGAGACCGGGCAUCAUUUACAUUGCGAAGAAAAUAUACUGUUGUUCAUGGUUGUAUGACCCCUCUGAAUCAACGUGCAUAUGAAUGCAGAUGACAAUGGCGCCGGCAAGUUCAGCCUUGCUCUCAGCAAGGACACCAUGGGGCUGCUAAGCCUGCAUGACAUGUCGCACCUGGACAUCGGAGAAGAACCAGCACUCCAUGAGGCCAAGGAGUUCUCAAGAAAGCACCUUGCAUCUGCCAUCAGCAACAUGGAGCCAGGCCUUGCGAGGUAUGUGAGGCAGUCACUGGACCACCCCUACCACCUGAGCCUGAUGCAGUACAAGGCAAGGCACCACCUCAGCUACCUGCAGAGCUUGCCCAAUAGGAGCACUACUGCAAUGGAGGAGUUGGCAGUUGCAGAGUUCCAGCUUAACAAAAUGCUGCAUCAGAUGGAAAUGAAAGAGAUCAAAAGAUGGUGGAUGAACCUAGGAUUAGCUCAAGAAGUACCGGUGGCUCGGGACCAGGUCCUCAAAUGGUACACAUGGUCCAUGACUAUACUCCAAGGAUCUUCCUUCUCCAAAUACAGGGUUGAGAUCACAAAGAUUAUCUCGAUUGCCUAUGUUGUGGAUGACAUAUUUGAUCUUGUUGGCACCCUGGAGGAGCUCUCCCUCUUCACCGAGGCAAUCAAAAUGUGGGAUUUGGAAGCUGCUGAUUCACUCCCGUGUUACAUGAGAUCAUGCUACAGAGUUCUUUACACAGCUACAAAUGAGAUGGCAGAUAUGGCUGAGAAGGAGCAUGGGCUGAACCCUGUCGAUCAUCUCAGGAAAGCUUGGGCAGUGUUGUUUGAUGGGUUCAUGGUUGAGGCGAAAUGGCUAGCAACCGAUCAGGUCCCUUCUGCAGAUGAGUACCUGAGAAAUGGUGUCAUCACUUCAGGAGUGCCGCUCGCAUUUGUGCACAUACUCUUCCUUCUAGGGCAUCACCAUGCAGUGAGUGGUAAUGCUGCAGAGCUCACCAACAGCAUCCCUCCAGCCAUCACUAGCGCCUCCAAAAUCCUCAGACUCUGGGACGACAUGGGCAGUGCCAAGGAUGAAGCACAGGAAGGAUUGGAUGGGUCAUACAGGGAGCUGUACCUGUUGGAGCACCCUGCCGGCGACGUGGAAGAACACAUGCGCAGGCUGAUCGCCAAGGAGUGGCAGGAGCUCAACCGGGAGUGCUUCUCCAGGAGGACCUUCUCGUCCUGCUUCGCGCAGGCCUGCCUGAACGCCGCCAGGAGGAUGGUCAGUGUCAUGUACAUGUAUGACAAGGAGCAGAAGCUCCCCGUCCUUGAGGACUACAUGAGGAUGCUGCUGCUUUGA